AAAUUUGUGAAACUAUUUGUUAUAAUAGUUGGAGUGACAACAGAAACAUUAGUAGGAUGCAAGACCUUCCUCAAGUCAUUAUCGUUAUGCCAAGUUAGUGAUCAGCCAAGCGUUGAUUGCAUUGCCUAUAGUUUUUACGUUCUUCUUCGGUCUGUUGAUCACAACUUUGUUAUUAUUUUUUUGGGAAAAUGGACGAAUGACCGGCGUAAUUUGGCCAGUUGAAAGUGAAUUUGAUGGCACACUAUUUUGAUUGACAUUGUUUCUACCACGAAGGCCAUCACAGACAAUAAGUCAGACGAAUGGGAAAAAAAAGACAAGGUCGCAUUGGAUUUUCUACCGAGUUCGUCGUUCUGCAUGUCACUUUAUUGUGAAUGAAUCGAUUUAUUCGACACCAACAAUACAAGCAGGAGAGCCCCGAGGUGAAGUAACCGCACGACACUUUCCCAUUGUUGAGACGGGAAUCACUAAUAAAUAUAGCUGCUGGACUAUCAUCUUAAUAUUUGAGUUUCGGUGUUUCCCUCUUUAUAAUUUUCUGUAUACUUUUCUGACGUUCAUUUUCUUAACAUUCUCAGGCUCCAUUGCGUAUGUUGACCGCGGUGGAAGAAUGUUGCAAUGAUAUAGAGACGGACCGUAUUGCGGUACUCGUCGAUAAAACGAUGCGCUCGACUGCAAGGACGCCAUCGCAUAUGUAUACACCUUAUAAGAGGACGCCCUUUCCUUGCAACUCAUUCAACAACCAACUACCUAAGGCGCAAGAUGCACCUUUACAUUUUAGUCGUCGCCUUUUUGAUUGACGUCGCUCACGCGGGACCUCUGAGACGGGAAUCUAGUGCGAGUAACCAAAUUAUUUUGAGCUACAAAACGGACACUCACUCCCGUCACGAAACCGGAAUACCCGGACGCGCCGUGCAAGGAUCGUACAGUUACAUCGGUGGCGAUGGUCGGUGGUAUAAGGUGACUUACGUAGCGGACGAGAGAGGAUACCGUGCAAAGAGUGAGCAAUUACCUUGGCCACUUGAACCGGUAGUCAGCCCACUGCCGCCAGUCCAUCAUUCGGAUAUCACCGUGAAACCAGCCCCAGCAGUCGUCCAAACUGUAAUCAAGGAUGAGGAACCUGCUGUGGUGGAAAUGAGCAAAGAAAAAGAGCCAAUCAAAAAAUUACCAGCAACUCAAAUCACUUGGAACAAUACAAAGUCAAGCGUGACAGUUAAAGAUGACAAUGUUUUAAAAGAGGAACAACCCACGCAACCACUAGUUCCCGAGCCAACCGAAAAACUAGCGAUUCACGUGCCACUCUUCACCAAAGUUUACAGCUUGAAAUCAACAAAAUCCCAGCAGUCUAAACACCGGAAAAAUAAAGCUGGAUCACAGUCCCCAAUUACUCGCUACAAACUUUCCUUCCUUCCGGCUUACGGUUUAGUGAUGCACUGACACACUGUAGCAACCCAAUCACUUUUCCAUUAACGCCAUCAAAUGUGCAAAUAGCCGCAACAGUUAUUUUGUUUGUCAAUAGUGAUGCUCAUCGGGAUAAAAGUGCAAUGUACACUUGUACAGGUUCAAAUUCAUGAAAUAAAAAAAAAUAUCGAUACAGGAAAGGCGAUGCAAACGAAAAGGUGUCGAUGUGGGGGAAGGUCCCUCUUGAAAAUCAUUCAACAAUCUUAGUUGUGAAACAUUAUGGUUGUUUGUCGGAGAAUCAUUCCAGUUUUGUUCCUCCAAGAAAAUCAAAAUGUUUACUGUUACAAACAAUGAUAGAGUAGCAAAGUAAAACUGUUGAAACUACAAUGAUUAAUUCUGAAGCACGAAACAGUUUUUCAAAUCUUGCUUGACAAAAUAAAAGUGUUAUGUCUGACCAUGUUUUCUAAUGUCGACAUGUUUUUUUUUCACAUAAACCUAUGUUUUUCCCUUUUUUUUUUUGAGAAACAUAACUGGAUUGAUUUGCAAUAGGGAUAUGCCUACCUAGAAAAUGUUGUGUUUACCAUGUUUUCGCAUAUGAACACGAUUUUGAUUUCCAGUUGGAUGGUAAACAUAA